AUGCCUUCUGAGCCAAGAACUGGGAACUACGAACAAGCAAAUCGAAGAAGAGUAGAUAAAACUUACGAGCUACGACGUCGAAAAUUGAUGCUAGCCGAACUGAAUCCGCCUGUCAAUACAAAUCCUCCCUGUGAUGAGGUUAUUCUCGUCACCCAGGUGUCUCUCGAGGGCUGGUUCUUCCCCGGUGCUUGGGUCGACGGGCACAUGGCGAGUGCGCGGUAUUGCAAAAUAGCACAUCUUGGCCUUUGCGAGAGCGAUCACCUUCAUGUCACCGUAGUGGACGCAGAAGGCAACAAAGCCCAUUUCCGGUGGCAAAUGACCAAGAACCUUAUCCACGCCCCCAUGCAGCAAGUUCAGAUGGCCGCCGUCAUCGUCAUGGAAUCUUCUUCUGAAGCCGACAAUAUUCUCCAACGCUACGUUGCCAAGUGUACAGUCACCAACAUCAAGGCAAUAGUCACCUGGUGUGACGCGCCUUUUUGCCCUGAUCGUGAGCAUCAAGUCUUGAUAGACGCAACGCGAAUGAGGGCGAGCUUCAGCCACGUAGAGGAGGAGCUUGCCGUGGGUAGGCUUCCAUGGGUCUUGCCCAUAAUGAUUCCCGAUUGGCCGAUUCGGCUCCGACAUCAGAAAGAGGAUCUGGAGGAAACACAAGACCAGCUCUGGAAAAGACUUUCCCGCUCUAGAGAAGAACACGGCUCUACUAAGAAAAGCAACCUAUACGCAAAUGCUGUGACAUGCGGUGAGCUAAAGGUGAUGGCACCUUUGCUCUCUGACAGAACUGUGGACGAUUCUCUGCUCAUAUGUGUUGGACAUGACAUUGUCAAAGAUAUGGAGGCCUGGCAAAGUAAUCAAAAAGCAAGAGACAUGACAGAAGACUGGAGACUGCAGCAAAACUCUAUCCCCAAGCGUGUUUACGAUGUUGAAACUGGACAGAUCGUUCCUUGCACAACAGACACAGAAUACACCGCUCUUAGCUACGUCUGGGCUCAGCACAGCGAGAAGACAACUAUAUCGAUGAUACAAAAACUCUCAUCCAAAAUGGGGACGCGUUACUGGUGGGUUGACAGGCUUUGCAUGAGGACAGCGGAAGAGAAAGCUGAGGAGAUCCCGCGUAUGGCUGGAUACUACCAAAACGCGAGAACAACCGUUAUCUUCGACCGCGAUCUGGCAUCAGAGACUUUCAAAUCUGCCUCUUUCAGCCGCACAUGCUGGACUGGAAAUGCACUUGAAAGUAUGAGCAGGGAGUUGCAGACGGCCGUGGACUACACCACCUGGGCCAAGAGGGUGUGGACCCUUCAAGAGUUCGUACUGGCGAGCAGAGUCUUGUUUGUAACACAUAGUGGGUUACUUGAGGGAUAUUUCUAUGGAUCCUGGUCAGCCGGAAGUCCCUACUGGUCAUCCCUCUACUUCACGGAUGUUCCAUGGUUUUCCAUUGUCUACGAGCCUAGCGAAUGCGAGUUUCAGCGCGCAACUGUGGGCCGCAGGUUUGGAUUUCUCAAUGAUAGACCAAUCGGUCCGUCUAAUUAUACCUGGCCCCGACCGACACAAGGGAGUAGUCUCUCAUUGGGAGAAGCAUGGACGCUAGGCAAAGGAAGACAGUGUACCCAGAAGGAAGAUCUCAUUUAUGGCAUGACGGCUUUACUGGCGAACAGCAAGAACAUUAUAGUUGAGUACGGCAUCGACUGGGCGGAGCUGAUGAGACGAUGUUGCCAAUGGGGCCUUGUUCAGGCCGACGUGCUGACCUCGCGACGGAUCUGCAAUGAGCAGGGGGUGUGCUGGGCACCAGAUGUAUCCGACCACAAUGUGCCGAUACUAUUUAAUGGUGACGAAUCACGCAGCAAUACGGGCUUCGCACGCCCAAACAAGAUGAUAACAAUGAAUACUCUCAGCUCGGAGUGUGAGGUCAAUUUACCUCAGCUGGAUAUUCAUUGUGGGCCGGACACUGCAAAAGGUAACAGGACAUGGGGAGUGCUUUGGUUCGAUGGAAUAGCUUACUCGGCCGUAUUCAUAAAUGCCUCGAUCCCACUGAGUCAUGUGAACUGUACAGGUCUUCUGGUUGCGGGUGAGAGCAAACGCCUCUUGUUGGUGUUGGGGCAGAUGAAAGGAACAAACGACGUGAUCUUUUACAAAAUCGGCAUGUGUGAAGCAGUCAUCAACGAAGACGAAGAUGAUUUGCCAUGGGAGAAAAUUUCGAAGGCGGCAAACCGUGUAAUGUUAGGGUAG